AAAUGAGCCCGAUCUAGGCGAAAAGAAAAACAGACCCCUAGAAGGCAGUGAAAGCAGACGUCUCCGGCUCAAACACGAGAUUAGGCUGUGUUUAUCCGGACAGAUCCGUCCCGUUGGGUUUGCUUAGUGCGUUAUUUUCGGCCGCCGCGGAGAAAUAAAGAAGCCGCUCGGAGCGCUGCAACUUCGACCCAUUUCUGCGUUAUUGCGAAGACGUCGUUCACGUUUAUUUUCUGAGAUCUAUAGCUAGCUACGUCUUCGGCAGCAACAGCAUUAAAGUACAGCUACGUGGGAAGCAUGACUUGUACAAUAAGCAGCUUCUUCGCUACUCUGGUGGUGUUGCUCCUGUGGCGGGUGGAGGAAAUCGCAGAAGCCUGCAGCUGCUCUCCGGUGCAUCCUCAACAGGCUUUUUGUAAUGCAGAUGUAGUGAUCCGGGCAAAGGUGGUUGGGAGGAAGGAGGUGGACUCCGGGAAUGACAUCUAUGGUAAUCCGAUCAAGCGGAUUCAGUAUGACAUCAAACAGAUCAAGAUGUUCAAAGGUCCAGAUGUAGACAUUGAGACUGUGUUUACUGCCCCUUCCUCUGCGGUAUGUGGGGUCACCCUGGAGCCCAACGGGAAGAAAGAGUACCUCAUUGCAGGCAAGGCAGAGGCUGGUGGCAAGAUGCAUGUGACCCUCUGUGAUUUCAUUGAGCCCUGGGACUCUAUGACCCCCACACAGAAGAAGAGCUUGAGCCAGCGCUACCAGAUGGGCUGUGGGUGUAAGAUCACCCGCUGCCCUGCAUUCCCCUGUACCAUCACCGCCCCGGAGGAAUGCCUGUGGACAGAUUUGGUGAUAGAGAAGAGUGUGAGCGGACGGCAGGCCAGCCAUUAUGCCUGCAUCAAGAGGAGCGACGGCUCCUGUGCCUGGUACCGCGGCAUCGCCCCACCCAAGAAAGAGUUUCUGGACAUUGAGGACCCCUAAUCACACGUGUUUUCCCACCCACUGCACCACCUGAUCUAAACAUUUCUGCAAAAAUGAUCAUUUUGAGUUAGAAAAAAAAAUCAGUGAAGAAGUUAAAAGCUAAGAUUAAAUAAUGAUUAAACUUAUUGUGAGAAAAAUAUGAUAGACAUAGACUGGUUCGGUGAUGAUGUCAUUUCCUCUUAAAGGCAGGACACUGAGAUAGGAGAGCACUUCCCUUGCCCCAAGUAGCGCUUAAUUCUCUUUACACCAAUUAUGCCUUAUCUUGAAACAUUCCAUGUAAUUUGUAAAUCGUGUCCUACAUUUCAGAUAACACUUAAAUGCUGUUGAUGUCUAACUAACCAAUCGCCGCCCAGAUAUCAAUCAGACCUAACAAAUAUCAUUCAGUUUCUGUAAACUGUGCUGUUUGGAUGUAUGAAAUAAUGGUGAGGCAUUACUUCUUAAGAUGUUCAAGGAAGAAUAACUCUGUUUUUCAACAAGUUGUACAGGUUGGAAGUGAUAUUUUAUACCAAAGCUAUACACAGUUUUUAAGUCCAAAACUGGCUGCUUCCAACAGACAGUCUUGUAGUUUCUAUUAAAACUUCAAAUAUUCCAUUCUAAGUUCCUUUGUUAACGUUAAAGGAGUGUUAUUCCAGGGUUUCUGAAGAUUUCAGAUUCUAACCAAAGCCAAGAAGGAAUUAAUUCUGCCCCAUUCUGCCAGAAAACCAAAUCAUUUCAUCAUGGUGGCACCACGUAAAACUCGCAAACAAAAGAGCCUAACCAGCAUUAUGUCAGAAUCUUCACUGAAUGCUGAUAAUGUUCUCUCUGAUUAUGACCUUUAACCUCUGAGUAGAUGAAUGACAUCUCACUGGACCAGUCUAUGCAGCUGCCUUGGUUUGGUACUUGUGUUAUUGUGCGCAUCUGUUUCAAGUCAUUGGCUGGCCAUUCCAUUUGCCACCCCCCCCGUCUUCCUGGCUCCUGUAUAGUACCUAUGCAUAUGCCUUUUUAAAAAAUAUAUAUUUUGACAUCGGUCUUAAGUAUUAUUAUUAUUAUUAUUAUUAUUAUUAUUAUUCUAAAUUCAUUCAUAUUUUUGGGUAGACCUAGAUUUGCACUUCCCAGGGAGACACUGCCUAAGACGUAUUUGUGCAAAACAAGGAGGAUUGGAUCCUCUUCUGUACUUCUUUAAUGUUGUUUUUUUAUAGUCUUUUAUAGUUCCUGGUAUAACAUUUUCAUUUUUUUAUUAUUAUUGUUUUUUAUUGCUAUUUUAUAUUAUGCCUUUGUUUUUCCAUGUCAGAAAAUGUAGAAAAUUUUGAUAUUUUCUUAAAUUGUAGUCCAGUUGACUUUUGUAAGAUUUUGUUUCAUGGUGAUUAAGGUCUUUGAAAGGAGAGAUUUAUGUUCUGUUAUCUAUCAUGGAUUUCCAUGUCAGAUUGCUGAAUAUUUGUACAAUUUUUAGACUGAUGGUAAGGCAGAUAUAUAAGGCUAUAUAUCUCAUAUUAAAUGAUUUUAAGCUUUUUUCCUGUUGAAGACAGCUGUGCCCAUUAUAGCAUGACACUCCUUCCAAUCUUCUCUUCCAAAUGAGGGGCACUGCAUGGAGACCUAAAUAACCCAAAUGUCUUUGACUAGAUGUUGCUGAGUGGAGGGACAAUUACUUGAGUCUUGGUGAAGAAUUAACUGUUUUUUCAGGGUUUCUGUAGGGCACUAAAGGGUCUACAUUAAUAUUAACCUCCAGGUAACAGCCUAGUAGAUUUUUAUCCCCAUUUAGGUGCAUCCAUGCCCUUGUGCUAGGAACACAAAGAAGCAGGGCUAAAGUUGGGUUAACACUGCAUGUUCUCUGGUUUUUGUAGUGCAAGUCUGUCCAUAAAUAUUCUGGAUAACUACUAGACAAACUCGUUGCUCUGUUGUUGUAGGCUAGUUAAUGGAUGCAAAUGUCGCUUGACUUUUUUUUUUGACAGUUAGGGCGUUUUCGUUAUCGUAUAGCUUGCUAGACAUAUAGUUUGCUUUAAUGAAACUGUCUUUGUGACAAUUUUCUUGCUACACAUAUGUCAUGUAUAAUGAGAAUACUUCCCAAAUAAGCAGGUUAUAUGGUAUUACUCUAAAUAGGCUAAUAUUAACCAAAACCUUAUGAAUCACUCUUGUUUCCACAAGUUCAAUCUCCAGAUACUCCUAAAAUAAUAAUAUAAAGAGAGACAUUUAAUGUGGUAUUUUUUAUACUCAUGUAUGCUAUUACAAUUUGAAAACGGUGACAUAAUUUAAAACUUGGUCGAGCCGUGUUUUUACUACGUAAUUUUCUAUUAUUAAUUUGUUUAAUUUCGUAAGUUUUCGGCUUCCUCGUCGAAGUACGGAAAAGUAUGGUGCGACUUGUGCUGGAACCACAUGAGAAGCGUUGUAUAAUGAGAACCAGACUAUGCAUGUGUUUGUUGUUUGUGUAAUUCAUACGUGGAAAUUCUGUCAUUGAACAAAAUAUACAGUAUUAUCAAAUAAAAAUGUAGAAUUACACCGCU